AUGGCCCCCUCCGAGAUAGAAGACAACCCUGCUCCCGUCGCCCCAACCCAAGAGACACCUCCCACCCCAGAGGCUGCCCCACCCACCCCGCGCCAGGACGAGCCCGCCAAGACGAUGCCCGACCCCAGGGACAUCGAAGAAGGCAGGGAUGAAUACCGGCCCGGCGGGUUCCACCCUGUUUACAUCGGGGACGUGUACGCCGACAAGUACCAAGUCCUCAACAAGAUCGGGUACGGCGUCUACUCGGCCGUCUGGCUCGUCCAGCCUGGACGGUCCAGGACCUAA